AUGGGAGGGAGACGUAAAGUCCAGGUUCCUUUGGAUCUCGCCUGCCGGAUGUACAGGAGGAGAAACCCGGGCUCUCUGCAGGGGUGGGGGCGCAGGUACCAUAACAAACGCACGUGCGUCCUGCCCAGGGUGCGGGGUGCACCGCCAGCCCUCCGGAGCCGCCCUCCGGAGCCCGGCCUUUGUCUCAGCUAUCGGGAGGGAACGGCGCUGGGGGCGCCACUUGCUGGAGAAGAAAGACUGACACAUUUAAAAGGUAAUGGUGUGGGUGCAGAAGGCAGCCAGACAGGUUGUGGAGUGGGUGGUGUGUGCGACAACCUCGUGCUGGCCGAGCGGUCGGGCAGCGGCUUCACCUGGCCAGCAGCGCUGGAGAUUAACUUGUCCCUCGGGGACUGGCGGGCCUCCAGCUCUGCGACACGGUCUCGGGGAGUCUAG